AUGAAUCCUACAGAAAAUAAGAUAAAUUUAUGGAAAGAAGUUGAUUAUUCAGAAUAUCAGUUACACGUUACAAUUUCUACUAUUGGUUCACCUACUGAAUCAUCAGAAGAGGCAGAUGAUAAAAUAGUUUAUAUGGAAGAUUUAGAAAAAAGAAAACAAGUAUAUGGAAUAUGUGGAGAAUGUAAUGAACCUGGCACUGGAGAAAACUGGUGCCAGCCUUGUAAUGCUAAAAGAUUUAAGGAUAACUUUAAAAAUUGGACUAGUGGAAGUAAAAAUAUUGAUGAAUUUAUACAACAAUCACAACUUAAUGCUGUGUAUUAUUUAAGAUAUCUUGAAUGGAUACCUUUUGAAAAUUUUAAAGAUGUUACUUAUAUUGCCAGAGGUGGAUUUGGUAAAAUUUAUUCGGCUGAUUUGCCUGAAGGAUAUAUUAAAUACUGGGAUAUUGAAAAUCAAAAAUGGAAAAGGGAUUGUAAUAUAAAAGUUGCAUUAAAAAGUUUGGAUAAUUCAUCUCGUAUAAGUACUGAAUUUUUAAAUGAGAUUAAAACUCAUCUUCAGAUUUAUCUUUGGAAUGUUAUUCAAUGUUAUGGAAUAACUCAAGUUCCAAAUACCAAAGAUUAUAUGAUGGUUUUGGAAUAUUGUGAAAAUGGAAAUUUGAGAAAUCGCUAUAUCAAUAAUGAAUCAGAUUAUUAUUUAAAAAUUUAUGAUUUAUAUCAAAUUACAAGAGGACUUCUAGAUAUUCAUAGUGCUGGAAAAGUUCAUAAAGAUUUUCAUUCAGGCAAUUUAUUAUAUAAUGAUAAUGAAGGUAUUUUUGGAGUAUUACCUUAUAUGGCACCAGAAGUUUUACGUGGAUAUCAAUAUACAAAAGCAUCUGAUAUUUAUUCAUUUGGAAUAAUUAUGAAUGAAUAUAUAUCUGAAGAAACUCCUUAUGUUAAUAUUCCUCAUAAUCUUGCUUUAGCUAUUAAUAUAUGUAAAGGACUUAGACCAAAUAUUUUUAAAUAUACACCAAAAUUACUUACAGAUUUGAUUACUAAAUGUUGGGAUGCUAAAGCAGAAAAUAGACCAACUGCUAAAGAAUUGUAUCAAGAACUUGAUAAAUUGUAUGUUGCUGCUGCAAUCUAUACUAGUAGACUUUUAAAUUUCAAAAAUCUUCCAGAACCAGUAAAUUCAGACGUUACUAAAACAACAUUAUAUUCAGAAUGUUUUGAUUGUCAAUUAGACGAAUUAGAUCUUAAUGAAAUUAAUCAAGAUGAAGAAAAUAAUACUGAAUGAUUUUUUUUAUAAGAUUCAAAGAAUUUAGUUUGCAGUAAUUAAAAUUAUAUUAUUAAAUUAUUUUUUUAUAAUAGUUAUUAUGGUUUUGUAUGUAAUAUUUGGGUUUAACAAAAAUAAAUUAAAAAUUGGUUAGCUACUGACUGUUCAAUU